CCCACAGGACAGUGUUUGCGAGGUAAGGGGUCGGGCCUGACUACGUAUCCACAGGUAAAUCGUGAUGCCAAUGUCUUAGGUGCAAGUCUAUGAACUGUCGAGGGUUGUAGCAGCUCCACGAGGCUACACCCACAGUCGUUACAGUGGAGUUUAAAAGGUUAAUUAAUCUCGAGGCUUGGCCAUUGUAGUAACUCGUGUAGAAGGCUUGAUGGGCCUACAGGUAGCAUGUAGAUUGUGUCAGAGACUUGAGUUAUACUUAUACAGCAAACGGACCGCAAAAUCAAAUCCCCGGAACCGACCAUAAAAUAAUAAAAGUCUUCUGAAGUCAAAGCCAUGUUCAGUGAUGACAGUUGUCGAGGGACACUUUUCCGUCCCGACCUGUCGCCACAGUCCGUCUGUCAGCUCGUGCAGCAGGUCUACGGCCUCCACGUCAUCAGCUGCGAUGAGCUGGACAGCUACGACGACCGCAACUUUCACAUCACUGUGGACAGCGACUACGACAACAAACAUCUUGACCAACUCUGUCCUCAUGGCUACGUCCUGAAAGUUUUAAACUCACUGGACUCCAGAAAACCAGAGUUGACAAAAGUAAAAACUGAUGUCAUUCUUCACGCAUGUCAGCGAGGAUUUCCUACACCACGUCCAGUGCCAACCACCAAAGGACAACUCUACAGUCUGGAAGUUUUAGAAAGAGAAGGACAAUCUCUGAAAGCCUCAGAUACGACGAGAGAAGUGGACACAUACUUAGUGCGGUUGUUUGAUUAUCUUCCCGGAGAAACUCUGGCUUCGCAAACAUUGACAGCUGAUCUCUGCUUUGAAGUUGGUCAAUAUGCAGGGCUGCUUGACAAAGCUUUGAAGGAUUUUGACACAAGAACCAUUCCAGAACUGCUGGUGAAGUGGAACCUUGCGAAUGUGCCCCACCUACUGCACAUGACACAAUUUGUGAAGGACACGGAUAAGAUGGACAUUUUAUCAGAAGUUAUCAGUGCCUUUAAUGUGCAAGUCUUGCAACAAGAAGCAAGGUUUCAGUCUGGGAUAAUUCACAGCGAUUUCAAUGACUACAACAUACUAGUCCGCACAACACGAGAAUUGCCAUCAGAAACCCACGUGUGCGGCCUGCUGGAUUUUGGCGACUCAACAAAAUCUUUGUAUGUCUUUGAGGUUGCCAUAGCAAUGGCUUACAUGAUACUCAAAACUCCUGAAGGAUGCAACUGCGAUGAAAUGGCUGGUCACGUGUUGGCAGGUUACCUUUCCCAGGUUCAGCUGACGAAAGCAGAAGUAGACAUUCUGCCACUUGUGAUAUGUGCUCGGUUUAGCCAGUCCCUCAUCCUUGGGUAUCACAUGUUCUCACUGGAUCCCAGCAACCAGUACACCUUGGUCCACGCUCGCAAGGUCUGGCCUCACCUGCUCCACCUGUGGCAGCGGCCUGUGGAAAGUACACUGAGUACCUGGAGACAAAUCGUUUUGAGAAGAAACAUUGCAUUUCCAUGUCAUUAGCUGCUAACAGCUGAUUAGAAAGAAUUGGAACAAACUGACAAUGCUAGACAAUUUAAACAUAAAAUGAACUCCCAGAGCGAGCUGAUGUAAGGGAUGUAACUCUCUCAAGCGUUCUUUAGCGGCGGAGACAGAGGUUGUCUGUCGCUGUCCAAGAUGAGAGCCAGUCUGUAUCACCACAAGAGUCUACGACGACCGUUCAAAACAUAAUGUGUGCGUGAACAAUUUUGUUUAUAUAUAUAGGUCUUUACGAAUAUUAGAAUAAAAUUUCCGUGCU